AAAAAUUUCUGAAAAUUACUCUUUUGGAGAAAUACGAUUCAGAGUAUCAGACACAAAUUUAUUUUCUGUAUAAAUUUCUUUUGUAAUUCCAUUAUCUAUCAUUUCUAUAAUCCGAUAAUCGAUAGCAGGUCUCGAUACCUAAACAGGAGAUAACACAAGUAAUUUGGAGACAGAACAAAGUGAAAAGGAAUCAGAUAAUUGAAAUAGAAAAUUUAAAUAAAUUGAACUCUAAUAAUUCGAAGACUAGAAUGACCAGAAUAAUUAAAUCCACUAACUAAUUAACUAAUCAAUCAGUAAUCUAAAAUGAUUACUAAUAUCCACCCCGCAAUUAUUCAGUAAAAAAACCAAAUAAUUGUUAUUUAAUUCGUCAAAGAAAUUUCAGUUAAUGAAUUAAUUAUCAUUAAAUAUUAUAAAUUUAAUAAUUGUUUUUAAUGGCGAAUUGCGACGCGAUUUACGAGACGAGAGCGAAAGUGAUGAAACAUAAUUUCAAAUGGAUGAUUCGGGAGUUCUCGGAGAUGAUGGACAAGCGAAAAAGUUUGAGAUCGAAAUUCAGUGUUCCUGGGUGUUCCUUGGAUGGUUGUCUGGAGCUGUUUCCCCUGGGGAAUAAAUUUAUUGGUGGACCCGAUGAGAUCGAGUUCCUGGAUCUAGACGUGCACGUCCACUUCGAGGAUGAUCCUAUCCACAGUGACAUCGAGGUGUCGAUCCUGGGACCCGAUGGGGAGAAACACGUGACUAGGAGAAGAGCUAUCACCCCCCAGGUCGGCUUGACCCUCCCCUUACCGAAGAUGAAGAAUUUUUUUCCUGAGGAUGUCCUCACUCUGUCCUUCCUUGUCAGCAUCACCACUGACGUCAGGACCACCCGGAGGAAAGACACGUGUUUGGUGAACCGCGGCUUCGAGGGGGACCUGGAGAAGCUCCUGGAUAAUCCCCAGGUGUCCGACAUCGCGAUUACCGUUGGAGGGAGAAAAUUCUGGGGAGUCAGGGCUCUUCUGGCAGCUAGGAGUCCUGUUUUCGCUGCGAUCCUCGGAGGCAAUGAGGGAGACGUGGUGAUCGAGGACGUCGAGGAAGAUGUCUUCGAGGAGGUCCUCCAUUUUUUACACACGGAUCGAGUGAGGAACCCGGAGGACAGGACAGAGAAGCUGCUUCACGCCGGACAGAAAUUCGGAUUGAAAAGACUUGUCCAGAUGAUUGGAUUAAAUCUCCUCAAGGACCUGACCACCGAUAAUGUCGCUGAGAGGCUUCUUCUGGCUCAUGAGUACCUCCUCCAAGGGGUCAAGGAUGUCAUCAUCAGGUUCAUCAAGGGCCGGGUCAAGGCUGUCGUGCAGACUCAAGGGUAUAAAAAACUCGUCGACCUCAACUGUCCACUCGCUCUCGAAAUUUUCCAGGCGAUGGCCCUAGAGUGAGGGCUACUCCUUUUUUUAUUUAUUAAAAUGCAAUUUCUCUUCUUUAAAUUUGAAUUUAAACA